UAAGAUAUUACGAAAAAAAGAUUAUGCUACAUUUAUAGUAUUAGUAGUGAUCUAAUUCUGACGAGGAUACCAUGUACAAUUCCUGAUUGAAUAAAAGAGAUCUUUCCGGCCGAAUGCCGCGAGAAAAAUGCGUAAAAGGGCAGUUUUAAAAAACGGUGACUGCAAUAUACUCCAAUCACGGAUCUCAAGACGGAGGCUCAGGUUCCUACAAGACAUAUUCACAACCCUUGUUGACUCUCAAUGGAGAUGGACCUUAUCAGUGUUCGCUGUAGGAUUUUUAGGAUCUUGGCUAAUAUUCGCCCUGAUAUGGUGGCUUAUCUCUUUCACACACGGCGAUCUUGAAGAAGAUCAUCUUCCAAUGCAUCAGGCUAAUUCGAACUGGUCUCCAUGUAUCCUCAAUAUUCACGGAUUCACGUCAUGUUUUUUAUUUUCGAUUGAAACUCAACAUACGAUAGGUUAUGGUGUACGCACUACGACGGAAGAAUGUCCAGAAGCCAUUUUCAUAAUGUGUCUCCAAAGCAUAGCCGGAAUGAUCAUCCAGGCUUUUAUGGUCGGUAUAGUUUUCGCAAAAAUGACUAGACCGAAACUGAGAACGCAAACUCUUCAGUUUUCCAAAAACAUUUUGGUCUGCCAGCGUGACGGGUACCUCUGCCUCUUGUUCAGAGUGGGCGACAUGAGAAAGAGUCACAUCAUCGGAGCUAGUAUCCGCGCUCAGCUCAUUCGUGCCAAAAAGACUAAGGAGGGUGAACUCUUGAACACCUUCCAAACGGAACUGUCUCUGAGUGCAGAUGGCUGCGAUGGAAACUUGUUUUUCAUCUGGCCCAUGACGAUCGUCCACAGGAUUGACGAAAAUUCGCCAUUUUACUACCUCGGUGCCAGUGAUAUGAUACAUGAUAAGUUCGAAAUAGUAGUUAUAUUAGAAGGAACAAUUGAAAGUACUGGUCAGACCACUCAAGCUAGAUCGAGUUAUCUUGCAAGUGAAGUGUUGUGGGGACACAGAUUCGAACCGGUAGUUUUUUACAAUAAAGACAGACAGGGUUAUGAAGUGAAUUACUCGAAAUUCAAUAAUACUAUUGCCAUCGAUACACCUUUCUGUUCAGGAGCUGACUUAGCGGAAUUUUACAGGAUACAACAAGCUUCUGAAUCAGAGGCCAAAUACCUCACGGGAGUUUCGUCAGCGAAUGGCUUCGCCCAAUUUGCGCCGUUGAACCAAUAUCAACCAAUAGAAACACCUUCAGCUCAUCCCCUAGUAAACCAUUUGGACGUAGAAAAGGGUGAAAAUUUUUCGACUGAGAAGCAAGCGGAACCGGAAAACAAGAGUGUUCUGAAACUGCAUUAUGACAUUCCCGAAGAAAAAGAAGAAGACGUCAAUGAGGAUCAACCUUGUUUAGUGAAAUACAUAUAAAAUCGUUUCGAAUAGAGUGGCAAGUGUUUUGUAAAUAAUUUAUUAAUGAUGUGAUGAAAUACAUAUUUUUAUACAAAAUUAUAUAUACCAUUACCUGUUUUUGUUAAGAUCGAAUUGUUUGCGGUUAUAUCGUUAAGGUGAAAACAGAUUUAUGAGGUGAC